GUUAAAGGGAUCGAGCGGAUCGAGCGAUCACUCUAAUUUGAAGUUUUCUAAAGGUUUUAAAACGGAAAGGUAGAUGCUACUUUCAAAUCUCUGGGUGAUCGCUACUCGUGAAUAAGGAUCUGGGUGAGUGACUGUAACAAAUUGAGGAUAUUUAACUGCCAUUCAAAAGUUUUAGAUUUCAUCUGUUCAUUGAAGUCUGAACCCAAGCAAAGGCGUUUUGAAGUCUCGACUAGUUUCGAUUGAAGUCAAGAUAGAUAAAAUGUUGAGCUUGGUGCCAGUCAUGAAAAAACAGCAAGUUCUAAAUUGCAGCUUUUCUGCAUGGUACCCCAUCUUCAAACACAUCACAAUAGACAGCCAUAUCCUGCCACUGUCAAAGGAGUUCCUCGCUUAUUUGGAUGCUGAUGGAAUUUAUCUUCCUAAGAGUCCCACAGAUGCACCCAGUGACAUCAUAGAUGACACAGAGGAGAUAGAUCACAACAAGACACCCUCUUUCCCAGAUCUGGAGGCAUCCAUAAAAGAAUCAAUUCAGAGUCUCGGAGGUAGAGUGUUUCCAAAACUCAACUGGAGCUCACCGAGGGAUGCAUCCUGGAUGGCGCGUGGCAACACCUUGAGGUGUUCUCGUGUGAAUGACGUCCUCCUUCUGCUAAAGAGUUCGGAUUUCGUUUCACAUGACCUCUCGUUACCAUUUGAACACUGCACAGAUUGUGAAGAUGGCCAAAAAAACAACGUGAAAUAUGAGCUUAUUUUGAGAAGAUGGACUGAUAUUUCAGAAGCGACAGAGUUCAGAGUUUUCGUCAAGAAUGAUAACAUCAUCGGUAUUUCUCAACGAGACCACACAAAUUUCUUUCCCGAUCUCAUCCCAUUAGCGGAUGAUAUCAACCUUGAGAUUGAGGAUUUCCAUGACAGACACAUCGCAGGAAACUUUCCUGACCAUGAUUAUGUAUAUGACAUUUAUCGACAAGAUAAGAGGAAAUUUCUGCUGAUAGAUUUCAACCCUUUCGGUGAAGUGACAGACCCAUUGUUAUUCAACUGGACUGACCUGAACCAGCUCGACGUCACAAGUCCCGAAAGUCAAUCAUGGGAAACGUUCCGAAUUGUCCGUAGCUUUGAGGGCAUCCAACCAAGUCAGUAUCUUAGUUACCGCAUUCCAAUGGACAUCCUUCACUUAACGACAGGAAUGGAUGCCAACAAACUUGCUGAUUUUCUCAGAAUGGAAAUGCAGAUGCCAGACCAACAGGAAUCCUCAUCAUCAGAUGAUGAAGAUGCUUCACCAGUGGAUGAAGAUCAACCAGAGAAAUGAAGCAGGAAUAGACCCCCCCCCCCCACUCCAUGCCACCGCUGAGGUCAAUUACUAGUCUUGGUGCAAGACGUUGUCAUUCACUAUCACUCAACUAUCACCAUCCCCCGCUCCACUUCUGCUUGCGGCACACAUCAAAAGAUAGCGGGCGCUGUUCCAGAUCACCCCACCAUGCCACUAUCAAAACUCUCUACUCUCUUAGUGGAAAGGUCGCGAUGUGUGUAGAGUUGAGUGUAUGGGGCCUAUGGUAGUACCACUGAGGUGGACUAACUCAACAAGAACGCCUUGCACUAAGACUAGUCAAUUACAGAAAACGUGACUCUCUGCAAAUAAUAGGUUAGACUGGUCCCAUCAGUGGAUAAACUUGCAGUUACGUGAGCUUCAAUUUCUGCCGUAUUGGUCCACUCCGAAGUGGCGUAGUUUGUCAGAUAAUACACCAGGGGUCGAUUUCACAAAGAGUUAGGACUCGUCUCAUCUCGAGUUAGGACGAGUAAUUCGUCUUAACUUAGG